AUGGGUGACCAUCUUCCAUAUGCCGCAGAUGCGGAGUCUCCUCUGAAACCCGCCGAACUCCAAGUCCUCCGCUCACAAUACGAAAAAGAAGGCGAAUACGUCUCUCUGCAGACAAAAUUCAACUUUGCCUGGGGCCUCAUCAAAUCCACCCAACGACCCGAACAACAAGAAGGCGUGCGUCUGCUUACCGAGAUCUUCCGCUCGUCGCCUGACCGCCGUCGCGAAUGUCUCUACUACCUCGCGCUCGGAAACUACAAACUGGGCUCGUAUGCAGAGGCUCGCCGUUACAAUGAGUUGCUGGUUGAUUUGGAGCCCAAUAAUCUGCAAGCUCAGAGCUUGAGGCAGUUGAUUGAUGAUAAGGUUGCUAAGGAGGGCUUGAUGGGUGUCGCCAUUGUCGGCGGUUUGGCUGUCGCUGCUGGUGUUGUUGGUGGUCUGAUUUUCAAGGGUGCGAGGGCUUCAAGGAGAUAG